AUGACAGUUUAUCGCUGUUGUGUUGGAGGUUGCGACAACGAUUCGAGAUACAAAGAGAAAAUCGUAAAGAGAAGCCACGUUGAGGGCGAACUCCGUUGGCAUCAUAUCCCUAAACAACCAGAGAAGAGAAAGCAAUGGACUAAGAACGUUUCAAAAGGCCUGUCUGGCUUUGUUGCCAGCGACCACAAGACUGUUUGCUCCAACCAUUUCGAGUAUGGAAAGCCAACAUUCGCUUCUCCGAAUCCAACGCUAUUCUCUGUGCCUAGCGACAAGAACAAGUCAUCGCCAAGAAAGCGAAAGCUACCAACUAGGACGUCAGAAGGCCCAUCGACUAAAGAAACUAAAGAACUCAAGUACAAGGAGACAGGGUCCCAAUGCACCAUAAUAAACCCUCUGGCUUAUUCAAGCCUAACAUUUGCUCAUUUGACACGUGAACACGAUGUUAAUAAUUUUACUGGUUUAACAGUUAAGAGUUUUCGAUUAAUCUUCGACCAUGUCAAAGGAAAAGCUUUAGUGAUGCACUACUGGAAAGGCCCUAAAAGAACAGGGGACCUAUCUAAACUUAAAAUUGAUAGACAAAUGAGAGCCCUCACUUUAGAGCAAGAGUUUCUGCUUACUAUGAUGAAGCUCAGACUUGGUCUGUUCCUCUUUGACCUAACAUUUAGAUUUGAUAUUUCAGCAUCAGCAACAAGCUCAAUAUUCACCACAUGGGUCAAGUUCCUGGCAAAAGAACUGAAGUGGCGGUUAGUAUGGCCAGACAGAGUAGAUACUCACAGGAAUCUUCCUGAUAUGUUUAGGAAGUACUACCCUAAGUGUAGAGUUUUACUGGAUUGCCCUGAAAUCUACAUCGAAACACCAUCUGAUUUGGCAGUAGCUGCCCAGUGCUGGUCUGAUUAUAAACAUCAUCGCACCAUUAAAUUUCUUGUUGGCAUUACUCCCAAUGGUGCAAUAUCAUUACCAUCUGAUGGUUAUGGUGGAAGAGCUAGUGACCUAUUCAUUGUUGAAGACUGUGGUUUUGUUAACUACCUAAAGCCUCAUGAUCAAGUUAUGGUAGACCGUGGUUUUAAAAUCAAGGAUUUACUUGCAUUUUACCAAUGUUCACUGGCUAUACCUCCCUCAAAACAUGGUAAUCUUGAAAUGUCAGGGACUGAUGUCAGGGAAACCUCACUUAUAGCCAAUGACCGAAUCUAUGUUGAGCAAGCAAUACGAAGAAUUAAAUGCUUUGAGAUCUUAAAGAAAGAAUUACCAAUCACCCUGCUACCACUUGCAGAUGAUAUUGUAGUUCUUUGCUCAGCACUGUGUAACAAAUUACACAGUGCUGAGCAUUACUCAUUAGACAACCCAAACAUCUGUUUGGGUUGUCUAAUGAGUACAACUUCUCCUGGCUUAGUCUUUUGUUCUUGA